AUGCCUGCCUCCCCUGCUUGUGACUCUCUCAUAAUUCCUGUUGGUGCCGACGCCUAUAAUUCCUUUGAGGACCCCUCUGCUAUCUCGGGGCCCUCAACCACUACCGCGGAGUCCUCCAAUCCAUACGACAAGUUAAUAACUGCUUGCAAAAAUGCGGUUCGUGCACCACUGCCUCUGUGUAACUCCAAUUUACGUUAAACAAGCAAGCUAAAGCAAAUCCAAAUAUAUAGAUGGAAAUGAGCAGAGCCUAUGAAGUACUCGUACACCGCAGCAGCCGCAAUAGGCAACAGGCAGGGAAGAUGCUUUCCGAGGAUUUCAGGGGAAUGAUUGCCGACAAGACUCUGCGGGAAUUGGAGUAUGCUCGCGGGAACGCCAUUACCGAACCCACCGGACAACCACUGCGUGAUCCUCUGGAGAUCGACCCAAGGGUUUGUCUGACAUUGUGGGUUCACCCGACAAAAAAGAUCAAGGAUCGUCAGGACAAUCCAAGAUAGAUUGGUUGAUCUCGCACCAGGUAUCUCCCUUAAAUUUAUACCAGGAACGGAACAGAUGAAUAACCGUAUACAUCAUUAGACUUCUGGUGCAUGCCGAGGGAGAAGCUGCACAUGACGGCCUUGGAAAUUUCCCACUCGAAGACACAGGAGUUUAUAGACACCUACGUCGAUAUCCUCGUCCCACAGCUUCCGGAGAUCCUCUCUCUACAGACUAGAAACCGCACUGUCCUUGUAGAGCCCAUGGUCUCUUUUGACGCCGUAGGGAUUGCAAUCUCGUUCGUUCCGGCGGAGGCCUGCAACUACUCCUAUCACCACCUGCGCCGUGAUCUGUAUAGCAUGGUUGCAGCGACGGGAGUAGAGAUAACCAGCCGGUAUGCGCUCCCAUCUGCCCACAUUACUAUCGGCCGCUUUACUACCGCCGGAAACCACCACCCGACGGAGGGCGGCGUCCCGAUCAAGAAAUGGCUGGAGAGAAUCGGCGAGAUCAAUAAAUGGUUGGAGAAGGUGCAGGUUAAGUGGACCCUCGGCGAAGAGGUUGGGAUGGUUUGUCAAGCUGGGAGAUUGUGGUAUGGGGAUGGGGAGACGGUAAUGAUGGGGGAGGGGUUUUAUCCUGGAUCAUAG